AUGCCCAGCUGGGAUGAACCUGUUCCAGGGGAUGACGAUUCUUGGCGUAUGGCUGUACAAUAUGCCGCCCAGGCACCCAGAUAUGCCACGAACGACGUUCACGAAUCAUCUUCUUCAGCUUGCACGGAACCUAGAGUCGUCACAACAGACACCGAGAUUCUAGGCCUCAGAAGCGUCUUCCUACUCGACAGUCUUUCAAGCUCCAUCCGCCCUUCACCUAUCUCACCUACACCUCUGCCAGCAACCUUCGGGUCCCCCGAGUGUGCUUCAGCAUCGAAGAAAUCCAUACCCAUACUCAGACGAAAGACAUCUGGAAUACUCAAGCCAUCUCGCAAAGCCAGCGCAGCUUCCCUCAUAAUGCGACCGGCACCCAAUCGACUUGACAACACUGAUACAUGGGCAAAGCGCCUUGAAGCGAACGCUGAAAGCCAAACAACAAUAAAGGCCAAAAUGGAACCUAAUACACCACCUCCAUCUUCAGUCUUGGACUCUGAAGACUACACCUAUGCCUUCGACAACCAGUAUCAUGAUGUUGGUACCACACCAUCGACUACCAGAUUUCCACAUACGCGUUUACACAACACGGCCCAAUCAUUGUCACCGAUAAUCGACGAUUCACGGGUAUACAUGAUCAGUCACACAAAUCCCUCGACCCGGCAUUGGAGCCAAGAUUCACUGAGCUCGCAAUAUAGCAGUCAGGGCUCGCAUCAGCGCGGAUGUGGCUGGGACACCGACGUUUCUUCAUCGAGUGCGGGAUUUAGCCUUGCCGGCGCUACGGAGGAGCGCUACCAGAUGUAUAACGGACUGCCACAAGUACCGUCAACUGUAUGGGGUGAUGAUACUCCUCCCGUACAAACCAUGCCCCUAGACACUUCUUUAAUGGAUGGUAAAUAUCAUAGUAUGGUUUUCGAAGUGCCGCCAGGGACAAGUGUCACACUCACUAGUCCUGAUGGCACUAUGCUUCCGCCCAUACCGUCUGCUACACCUUCUCAGCUAUACCUUUCGUCGCCGCCUUCUCAGAUUCCUUCACCAUGCCCACUGCGCAGUAGCAACACGGCCUACGGCGGCACUCUCAAUCGGCGUGCGUCGACUUGCGAUCGCAGGAGCGCAUCUCCCACUACGCUUCCACGUUCUAUUCGUCGUGUUGGUAGACUUUCUUCGAUACCAUUACUUCACCACGACGGCGGCACGUCUUGUUCAAGCCCAUACGACUCGUCAGCAGCGCUUCGUACCGACAGCAUGGUACCAGAUAGUUCUUCUCCUUGUAUGGAAGAUAGCCAAGCAUUAUCUUAUCGUGGUCGUAACCGCCGUUACUCUACCAAUAUGCAUCCUGCUAGCAUAGGAAGUAUGUCCCGCGCAGCUAGCUGUUCCGUAAACAGUUUGAACCAUUCAAGCAAUUCCAGCAUUGCAGGAACCAGUAGUUGCACUUCACACUCACUGGCAAGCCCACAAAUAUCUGCGCCAUUCCUUCUCAGUAGCUCACUCUCGCCUGCGAUACCAUCAACACCUGAUCUAGGCCUUGGAUCGGGGCAUGGGUCGGUUGACUUUGUCAAUUACACCCCAGAUGACCGAUCCAAGAUUCUUACCGGUGUAGCCCCAAGCGGCAGCUCCAAGACUAAAGCAAGGCGAGAGAAAGAAGCUGCCGAUCGACGGAGGCAAUUAAGUGAAGCUGCGAGAAGGGCAAUUAUUGAUGCUGGAGGCGAUGUUGCAGCCCUAGAACGAGAUGGACUACUGUGUUGA